AGCAAUUACAGAAGGUUCUAGGUGAGGAAUGAUCCCUGUUUGCCUUUUGGUGAUAGAAGAGCUUCAUCCCUGAUUUGGGGCUGGGUGUGGAGGUACCAGGAGAGGGGCCUUUACCCACCUGAGAGCUGCCCCCCACCCUAAAUCCUCUCUGUGGGGUGUCUGCCAUUUUCCUGAAUGGGCACAAAGCUGCGAAGAGCUGCCAGGCCUGAGGUAGCGCUUGUCCUGCUGAGACGCACACAAAAAAAAGGAAUUUCUUCACUUGUGGUCAACUCAGAAAGGAGAAGCUCCUGCUGAGGGAGUGCUGGGGAUGGUGCUGUGAGGAGGGGCACCGCUGCUCACACGGAUCCCUCAGACACAUCCUUGCCCUGCGUGGGGACACCAUGGGUCCUGGCUGCCUCCUCCUCCUCCUGCUGCUGACCGCACCUGCUGUCCGCCAUGGCUCAGCAUCCCCCGUGAUCAGCCCUGAUACCUCUGUUCUGGUUGUCAAUGUGGGUGAUCCAGUCCUCCUGCACUGCUCAGGAGAGUCGGAAGUUAAAUGGUAUCCUGAAAAGUUUGCCAACCGUACCAGCAGCAUGCUCAGUAUUCCUAGGACCACUCACAGAGACACAGGCACCUAUAGGUGUGCUUAUGUCAACAGCAGCGACAAGGGUGUUGCAUCUGUGCAUCUGUACGUGCGAGAUCCCAAUAAUGUCUGGUACGUCCCAUACUUCCGAAUCUCUGUGACCAAAGGUGGAAAUGCUGAGUUCCCCUGCUUCAUCACUGCUCCUGAGUAUGGAUCCAGUGUGACUCUGAUAAGGAAUGAUGGCUCUAAGCUCUCACCUGGAACCAACUACUCUUUCAGUGCUGAGAAGGGAAUAACGCUUUAUCACGUGGAACACGAGCAGAAGGGCCAGUACCAAUGCCAAACAGUGGUAAAUGGAAAAAUAGAGAAGUCAUCAAGAAUAAGACUGAUUGUAGUUGAAGGACAAGAGAAGCCUGUACAGGUAAUGGUGGACCCUGCAGACCAUGUGCGAAUUGUGGGUGAACCUUUUGAAGUCACUUGUGUGGUAACUGCUCCUUCCCAUAAGUAUGACAUCAGAUGGGUAACAGCAACAAACAGCAUUAAGAGUAAUGGAAAGCCUGACAUAAGUGAUGGGAACUACAUCAUCAAUGACACCCUGUCAAUUCCAGCUGUGACCAUGGAAGACAGUGGGAAAUACACUUGCAUAGCUAACAAUUCAGCAGGAUUCAAAAAUGCCUCCACAAUGCUUCGGGUAGUAGAAAGAGGGUAUGUGAUCCUGACCCCAGUGCAAGCCACGAACCAAGAAGUUGCUGAAGGAGACAGUUUGAAACUCCAGGUCCAUAUUGAGGCAUAUCCAAAACUUCUCCACUGGCACUGGGAGCACAUGAAUUCAUUGAAGAAUUCUGAGAGCAACAAACUCAAUUGCGAAAUGGACCCUAAAAACAACUGGAGCAGAUGUAACAACACGCUCUUCCUGGGUCAUCUGGAGGGAGAAGAGAGAGGUCUCUAUACAUUUUAUGCUCUCAACAGUGAGGUCAACUCAUCAGUUACUUUCAGUGUAUCUGUGAAAGCUUCUCCAAGGAUGUGCAGUGUCAUGGUAUCAGCCAGUGACUCCAGUAAGCUCCUCUGCACAGCCAUCGGCUACCCUGCCCCACACAUUGAGUGGUACCAGUGCUCCACUCGCUCUGACAGAUAUGAGAACUAUAUGCUGCUUCUGAAUGACUCCAGUCCCCAUGUGGUAAAUACACUACCCUUCCAAGAGGUGGAGGUGGAAAGCACCUUCCCAUUCCAGGAUCUAGGGCCCAAUUUCACCUUCUGCUGUGUGGCUGUUAACAGCAAGGGGAGCACCUCUGACGUCCUUCACUCAGUCUUCAGGAGUGUCAUGGCUCCCCCAAACCAACUCUUCAGUCCCAUUCUCACCACCUGCAUGUGCACAUCGGUCUUGCUGCUCCUGCUGCUCCUCUUCCUCCUCUACAAGUACAACCAGAAACCUAAGUACCAGGUGCGGUGGAAGAUCAUUGAGGCCUGUGAAGGGAAUAACUACAUCUUUAUUGAUCCCACUCAGUUGCCAUACAAUGAGAAAUGGGAAUUUCCCAGGAAUAACCUCCAGUUUGGAAAAACUCUUGGAGCUGGAGCUUUUGGAAAAGUGGUAGAAGCUACUGCUUUUGGACUGGGAAAAGAAGAUUCAGUCCUCAAAGUGGCUGUGAAGAUGCUGAAAUCAACAGCAGACACAGAUGAGCAGGAGGCUCUCAUGUCGGAGCUGAAGAUCAUGAGUCAUUUGGGACACCAUGAGAACAUUGUUAACCUGCUGGGAGCGUGUACCUACGGAGGUCCAAUUCUUGUCAUCACCGAGUACUGUCGUUACGGAGAUCUGCUGAAUUUCCUGCGGAAGAAGGCUGAAUACAUAAUUAUCCAGGACUCAGCUCUGGACACCUCUUUGGACAGCACUGCUGAUUACAAAAACAUUGAGUUGGAGAAAAAAUACAUCCGCAGUGACAGUGGCUUUGCAAGCCAGGGUUUGGAAACUUAUGUUGAAAUGAGGCCCAUAUCAUCAUCAUCUUCAGCGUCAUCAGAUUCUGCGCAAUCCAGGGGGAAAAGCUCAGAGGAAGAUGAAACCAGAGAGGACCUCCGGCCCCUUAACCUCUCUGACUUGCUUCAGUUCUCCAGCCAGGUGGCACAGGGCAUGGCAUUCCUUGCAUCAAAGAAUUGCAUCCACCGUGACUUAGCAGCCAGGAAUGUGCUCGUAUCAGAUGGACGGGUAGCUAAGAUUUGUGACUUUGGCCUGGCCCGUGACAUCAUGAAUGACUCAAACUACGUUGUAAAAGGCAAUGCCCGCCUGCCCGUGAAGUGGAUGGCCCCGGAGAGCAUCUUUGACUGUAUUUAUACAGUGCAGAGUGAUGUGUGGUCUUACGGCAUUCUUCUCUGGGAGAUCUUCUCCCUUGGUAAAAGUCCCUAUCCUGGCAUGGCGGUGAACAGCAAGUUCUACAGCAUGGUGAAGCGGGGCUAUCAGAUGGCCAGGCCUGACUUUGCUCCCUUGGAAAUGUAUAGCAUCAUGCAGGCAUGCUGGAGCCUAGAGCCCACACAAAGACCUACGUUUGACCAGAUCUGCUGCUUUAUUCAGAAAGAACUGGAUUUGCAUAAGGAGCAGGACUAUACAAACCUCCCAUCCACUGCUGAGGAAGACAGUGGCUGUGACACCUCUGGCUGCUGUGAGGAGUCCUGUGAACAAGAGGAGAGUGGGCAGCCCCUUCUCAAAGGCAACAACUAUCAGUUCUGUUAGCUGGUGCCAUUGCCCUGGGGUGGAUCCUUGUCCUUCUCUCUCUGCAGAGUGCAUGAUUCUGCAUGGAUGCCUUCAGCUUUGGCUCUCCUCUCUGUGCUUUCUGAAGUAUGAGAGUAUGAACAUCACUGACUCCCUCACUGAAAGGACAGUGCUAGAGUGACUCAAAACCAACACUCACCAUGGGGGCCCUAAAAGCCUUAUCUCCAUCUCUACAAGGUGCAGAGGUGCCAUCACCUGCCCCUGCUCCCAGCACCCCUGAAGGGGACUGUGAGGUGAUUUUGGUUGUUUUUUAAAUACUAGUUGCAGCCAAGUAGGAUAUUUCCAAAAGUCGCUCACGUGCCUGAACCUUGUUCUCUAAGUACCUCUUAAAAUGAGCCCUUGAAGUGGGCUCUGCCUCCCCUGCCCAAAGCAGACCUCUGCUCUCUUCCCUUUGCCAGACUGACUCUGGAUGUUGCAGAAUGAGUGGUUAGAUAUAGAUAAAUCUCCACUACGCAUUAAAGAUGCAUUAACCUCUAGGUUUCCUCAUGCAAUCUACCUCUCUGCAGCUAGUGCUUCUGCAGGGACUGGUGGGUGAAGUGUAACAAGGAGCCAAUCCCAGGGCUCUGUGAACCUGCACGUGCCUCAUGAACAGGAGAGGGGCAGUUAUUUCUCAGGCAAAACAAAAGAGGUGAGAAGUGCUCUUCUACAUGAGCACUGAACACAAUCCCAAUCUAGGCAAGAAUGGCAGCUCAACCAGACCUGGAAGUUUUCAACAUAACACAUCUUACAAAACUUUUGCAUUAUUAAACAUGUAGCAAUUCACUGCCGCCUUCUUGAUUACAGACAUGCUCUUGUACAUAUUUUCUUGAAUGUAUUUUAAUAAUACAGCUGAAAUAAUUUUUUUUUCCUAUAAGCUAGGGCCUAAUGCCCUUAAAUUUUUUCCUCAUCUCAUUUUUGUUCAGGGUUAUUAAUGCCCUAGCCACGUUGUCCUGUGUAGCUAUCAGAAGUAGCUGGUAAAUCUUCUUAGCUUCACCUGACUUGAGUGGUAAAGGAUCAGCAUUACAGGCACAAGCACUGACAUGGCUUAGGAAAACUGCAGCAAGACAAACCUACUGUGUGACACCUAGCCUUCAUCAGACCAUUAUGUUGUGGGCCACUUCUGAUUGUAUUAAACCUGUUUUUAUGCUAACACCAAGUGAUUCAUUUCUCCUUACUAAAUAAAAAGCUAAUGUCAUUUCCAUCUGUCAACAUUAUGAAGAAUAAAGUGUUAAACAAAGUAA